AGAGAGUUGUUGUGUCUGUGUGAAAAUUCCUUUCAUGCAGGUAAAGAUUCAAAACUGCCCUGUUAAUUGGAUCCUUUUAAAAUCCUUUAAGCUGGUCUAAAAAAGUCUUCGCUGCUGCAGGGACAGAGAUGAACACAGUCUACCACUAUGCUAGAUGAUACAGAAAAUAAAAAUGAAUCUGUUCCUUCCGGUGAGCAGCAAGAGAGUCAGCCUCAGAUCAGCAUUGUGCCUCCGGAGUCGCCAGUGAAAUCCACACUGAAGAUAAAGAAGAAAGUAAUAACAGAGGAGUAUAAGCUUGCAGGACAAGUGCUCAGGAUAGGCAUCAACGGCAAGGUUUGGGAAAUAUUCCAGAAGAAAAGUGGAAAAAACUAUGCCUUGAAGAUGUUGCGGGACACCCCUAAGGCUCGAUGGGAAGUGGAACUUCACUGCAGGGCAUCGAUCUGCCCACAUAUUGUAGGAAUCGAAGAUGUCUUUGAGAAUUAUUACCAAGGCAAAAAGUGUUUGCUUCUCAUCAUGGAGUGUAUGGAGGGGGGAGAACUCUUUCACCACAUUAAGGAACGUGGUGAUCAAGCUUUCACUGAAAGAGAAGCCUCGGAAAUAAUGAGAAGUAUAGGAGAAGCUGUGGAGUUUCUGCAUGAUAUUAACAUUGCUCACAGAGACCUCAAGCCAGAGAAUUUACUGUACACUUCAAAGCAUCCGGAUGCCCAGCUCAAGCUUACAGACUUUGGAUUCGCCAAAGAGACCACGUCCAACAACUGCUUGAAAACCCCCUGCUAUACGCCUUAUUAUGUGGCCCCAGAGGUGCUUGGCCCAGAGAAAUAUGAUAAGUCAUGUGACAUGUGGUCAUUAGGGGUCAUCAUGUACAUCUUGUUGUGUGGAUAUCCACCAUUUUACUCAAACCAUGGCUUACAGCUCUCACCGGGAAUGAAAAAACGCAUACGUAAUGGCCAGUAUGAAUUCCCAAACCCUGAAUGGUCUCAGGUGUCAGAAGAAGCAAAGCAGCUCAUUCGCCAGCUACUGAAAACUGAUCCUUCAGAGAGAAUGACCAUCACACAGUUCAUGAACCAUUCUUGGAUCAAUAAGUCAAUGAAUGUUCCUUCAACACAUCUACACACAAGUCAAGUUCUUAAAGAAGAGAGUCACGUCUGGGACAAAUUCAAGGAGGAGAUGACUAAUGCCUUAGCAACGAUAAGAGUGGACUACGAACAAAUAAAGAUCAAACCGAUCGAGGACUCAUCCAAUCCUCUUCUUUUAAAGAGAAGAAAGAAAAUGGCGGCUGCAAUACAAGAAGAAGAACCAGGGCCGUGACAAAGAAAUGCAUGUGGAAACAUGCAUAGCUCUUAAUCACUAAGAGGACAGUUGAAGAAAAUCUUAAAGAUCAUUUUAAUUAACAGUUGGUGAAUAAGGGAAACAAAAUGAGGCCUUUCGUGGCAUUUAAUCUUCAUUUUUCAUUCAAAAUCUGUACCAAUAUCAUGAACAAUAUCUGUGUUAAUGUCUGGAAGCAUGUCUGAAGUGUUUCAGUAGUUCUGAGGAUGAUUUUAUAAACGUCUCAUCAGAUUCUUUAAGUUCGUGGAACCUGUUAAGCCCUAUUGUGCAAAUACUACUGUUUAAAAGUUUGAGGUUGAUUUUUUAAAUUUUUUAAAGUGCCCCUAUUGUGGAUUUUUGAAAAUUACCUUUCAUGCGGUGUGUAACACAGCUCU